AUGGCCAUGCCGAUCGCCUUUGGCAACCUCGAGAUCUGCACAAGCGACAAAUCCCUGCGGGGUCUGGAGGACGUCAUUAGCAACAGGCCAGACCUGGCUGCCAUUAUCGGCACCACUCGCCUCGUCGUCAAGAUGCCGCCGUCGCCUAUUACGUCGCUCUGCGUUACGAAUGCUUACCGCGGCACGUUCGUCGACCCGCCUCCACCCCCCAUCGGGAGCCCUGGCCUUAUUUACAUCCGGCGACUGCGCCUGGUCGCAUCGGGAGCGGUGCACGUAUCCCAUAAGUCCAUACGCAACCUCGUCGGCAUUUUGCAGAACCUCGAGCACCUCGCCAUCAGGCGUUGCUGCGGCAGGUCCCGCGUCCUACUCCCAAACGAGAAGACGCGGGGCGACGGCCCGGUCAACCCCAUCAAGCACCUCAUCCGCAAAAGCUUUAAGGUCCGACGUUCAGCCCGCGGCUCGUUACUUCGUCCUUCCCCGAGCACAAAACCGUCCUGGACUUCUUCGCCCGCCACAACACGGUCCGAGCCGAGCGGCGUCGCGCGGCCGCAAAACGCCGUGCGCCCGCCCCUACCGGCGGCUAAAAAGCUACCGAACACGCGACGCCGCCGACGUUUUCGUGGAACCCGCGCCCUCCUCCCUCGACCACACCCCCGACCGGAUCACCACCGCCGCCGCACGGACAGCGUUGCCACCACCACCAAACGCCAGCCCGUCCCCUUUCUCCGUCGCAUCUCCAACAAGCAGAACAACGGGUCUGCAGAUGUAACCAUUGCCGUAUUCAUCGACUCUGGGAGGAUCCCCCCGCGGGCCGCUCCCCCACCUGUGGCAGCAAGCGCAUCGUAUCCUCUCCAAAAACCGCUGCCGGACAGCCAGCCCCUUAGCCGCGUAAACUCUCCCGCCUUUGGCCCGGGUGGCGCUGCCCCCUUCUCGCUCGAUGCCGCCCUCAAGGGCAGGGUCUCCAGCUGCGCCUCCCGCUCGGCAGCUACCGCCACCCUUACCCCGUCAUCGUCCUCCUCGCUCGGCGGUCUGUACGGUGCUAAAAUGGGUAGCUCUUAUGUCUUUCAUAUUAACGAAAACGCCCCUGAGCAGGGGAUAACGAAUCUGAUCCAGCGCAGCACAUGCAUCCUGGGGUCCGCCGGCGGGGGCACGAAGGUGGUGCCCGUGUAGACAGAUCCAUUGCGGAGGUCGAACAGGUAGCUGUGGAUUGGGAGGAGUCGGCGGCGGAAGAUGAUACCCAUAAUCGAUCGUCAGGCAGACUUGGAUUGUAGCUCAGACUUUGAGGUUGACGCCGAGGGCUCGGGCUCGGAGGACUCGGAAGCCGUAGCGCUGUAAAGGCGCAAAUGCAGAUGGUCAAUAUAUUGUAUCGUUAAAUAUAGGGCCUUUAAAGGAAAAAAGGGAUGUAGUA